CAGCGCAGGAACACACCAAACAUGCCGCUCCUGUGUGAAGUAGGUUAGCAGCAAGAAUGAAAGUCAUUAAAUAGUGCAGCAUGUUUUAUGUAGAAUUGUGUGUUUUUUAGUAGUAGUGAACGAAUUUAAAACUUGGAUAAAUAAAAUAAUGACAGUGGAGCGCAGCCCCAGCCUCACGGGAGCAGUUUGACCGAGUUGCAGAUCGCGUGCCAACAGAGCGCUUCUCGUGACAGCGGGACAGAUGCUUCUCAGGCAAAUGCUGCUUUGGCUGCAGGAAGGGCAGCGACACAGCGAGACUCCACUCUAACGAGAGGACAAAACUAGAUUUAACAUUUCAUUAAAUAUUUUGCAUCGUUUUAAACGUAGAGUAGCUCAACGAGAAGUAAAAUCCGGCUAGGUUUGUUGUUGUUGUGUUCCUGUGAAGAUGGGACAGGAGCGCCCGGCGGAGUGUGCGUGAUGCCGCACCAACAGACGUCAGUGAGGCGGUGAACAGGGUUGAAAAGGCACGCAACUCUCUGGCAUGCAGCCCUGUUGGUGAGAAGUGAUGGCUGCUUCCACAGAGGUCACUGAGCCUUCAGGACAAAUAAAGAUGCUUAAAGGAGAAGCUGAGGGGUGCAUGGGUGACGACCAUAGGAGACGAGUCAUCCUGCAGCGAAAUGGGCUGAAUGAUGUCACUGCUGGGACCACCACCACAGUCUUUGCCAUAGAGACCCAUCAAAGUGACUGUAAAGCAGAGGGAAGAAAGACGGAGUACGGCUACCCAAUCACUUGUGGAGAAAGCAGAGCUGUGCUGCUGUUUAAGAAGUUUGUGUGUCCUGGGAUCAAUGUUAGAUGCGUUAAGUUCAAUGACCAACUCAUUAGUCCCAAGCAAUUUGUAGACUUGGCAGGAAAAGCAACUCUGAAGGAUUGGAAGAGAGCCAUCAGAGUGGGAGGGGUUAUGCUCAGGAAAAUGAUGGACUCUGGCCAGAUAGAUUUCUACCAGCAUAAGUCCAUGUGCAGCAACACCUGCCGCAGCACCAAGUUUGAUGUGCUGAUGAACAGCACGCGGCCUCCUCCAGGGACCUUGGUGGAACCGAGCUUGUUGUGUUCGGCUCUCGAGCCUGUUGGAGGACAGCUGCCUGCUGUGACAGGAGAAACGGGUGAUGCAGAUGUUGUAGAGGAGAAUUUGGAGAAAAUGUUUAUUGCAGCAACAAAGCAAAGAAAUGGUUCAACACAACAUGUAAGCUCAACAGAAAUCAAUGGGCAUCCUUCUAAGAUGAAGAGGACUGACAAACUCUACGAAGUGAUGAGUCUUUGGCGAGGCGUAGCAGAAUCUGGGCUGAUUGGCGACGUACUGUCUGGUCUCUACUCCAAACUGGUGACCGCUCUUAAAGGUGUGGAGCUUCGCAGUGAGAAGGAUAGCCUGCAGGAGACAGAUGCUCUUAUACUUAACUCCCUGUGUGAAAUGUUUGGGCUUCUGGACUCCGUGAAACAAGCUCUGGCCCUCAGGUGCACCCAGAACCAAGAGAGUAACAUCCAUCACGUGCUGGAAGAAGUCUCAGAGGAACACCAGAAGCAGAGCUGCAAUCAAAGAAGAUCUUAUAAAAUUUCAUCCUUGAAACACCUCCGACCUCACGGUCAGAGCCAGCAGAAAAGAUGCGUGCACAACCUGCUGUCGAAUGAAAGGACGAAUACAGUGAUCUAUCCCCUUCCUUUUACUGGCUUAUCUGCUUCAUCUCACGCUCAGGUCUGCAGCCAUUUCUCUGCCCCCGCUGGCCAGAGUCACCUUCUUGGAGCCGGCAGGACAGACGGAGUGAGCCAAAGUGGCAACGAGAAAAAAGAUACCUCUGGAAAGAACAAAGGGACGAAACAGAAAACGGAGCUUCUUGUUGGAGAUGGUCUGACUAGAUAUGAGGAGGCGAAAAGCUCACAUGACACUGAGAAGCUUAAGUAGAUUCUAGCAGCCCUUACUGAGAGGAAAUGAAGAGACUGAAUAAAGAGCUGCAGCAAAGAUUCCACACUCUGCUUUUAUGAUGUAAAACAAACUUCCCUGAUUAGGAGGUAUUCUGGCUGUUAGCAUCUUUAGAUGUAUGGUAGGUAUGCAAAUCGGUUUGCACAGAAGGUCUAAAAAUUCCCUAAAAAAUAUCCAGAAGAGUGUCUUACCGGAGGUUCUAACCUUCCCAGCUAAAAACUUAAGUAAUAAAAAUGUAUUGGCUGUCUGAUCUAUAAUGUGCAUUGCUUUUACCCUGAUAUAUUGUUUUUCCAUUCAA